GAGAGAACGUCUCUCCGAACAUCCGUCCUCUCUCCUGUUCCCUCUAUGAUAUCUUCUUAAAGCUAUCUCGUCAUCCUCCUCCACGAGUGGGCAGGGGCAGGCUGGCGAUUCCUUCUUCCUCUCUCUCUCUUUUGGAUCGUACCAAGCUGGAGCCGAGCCGGGGGGGCGGCGGCGGCGGGGGAGGGAAGAUGGCGCAGGCCUUGUCCGAAGAGGAGUUCGAGCGCAUGCAGGCCCAGUUACUAGAACUUCGAACACAGAAUUACCAGCUCUCUGAUGAACUCCGCAAGAACGCAGUUGAAUUAAAUGGGCUCCGACAACGGGUCUCCUGUUUAGACAAAGACUUUGCUAAGGCUCAGAAGGCUCUGAAUAAGAGUAAAAAAGCUCAGGAGGUGGACGCACUGCUUAGUGAAAAUGAAAUGCUUCAGGGAAAACUGCAUAGCCAAGAGGAUGACUUCAGGCUGCAAAAUAGCACUCUCAUGCAGGAGCUCUCCAAGGUACUGGACUCAUGUUCUCCAUGCAAUGCCACCUGGGUCAUGCCAGGGGGUGCUGUGUGACACGAAAUAGCACUGCUGAUUAACCACGCAGAAUUCUUAAAGAGUUCCAAAGAACCAUAGAGUUGGAAGGAAUCAUUUGGGCAGAUACAUUCAACCAUCUGGCUAGUGAAGAAAUCCAGAGCCUAAUACCUUAACAAAUGGCUAUCUAGCCUCAGUUUGAAAACAAAUCUUCAAACCAUGGUUAUGGAAGUGCAGGAUCUACAUUCAAAAUCAAAGCAGAUUAAAUUAGGAUUGUGCAGUGCUUCAGAUUCAGUCUCCAAACAGUUUAUGGGAGGGCACAGCUGUGCAAAUGCAGCCCGUCCUGAGACCCUUAAAGCAGCUGCUCUCUUCCCCAGGAUUGGUUCUGAGAAAACACCUUGUAAAGGUGCUAAGUUCACUCUCCUACGA